UUUUUGAUUUAGAGAAAUAUUAAUAUACAACGUGAACAUUAAUGAGAGUCAGAAUCGUCGAGAUAAACAGUGCACUGACAAAGAAAAUGAGUUUGACUCCAGUUCAGCACUAUCCGAAGACAGUAAUAGUCAGAAGUCAAUAGAUUCAUAGACUGAUUCGGCAACUGUAUUUAUCCUAGAUAAAUAUAAAAUAUACCUUUCUCAAAUAGGCCCAAUGAAAAAAUUUAAAUCGAAGAAGACAAUGUGGGCAGAGAUUUCAAAAGAAUUGCAUGAAAAUUUGAAUAUCUCGAAAACACCACUACAAGUAGAAAAUCGUUAUAAAACGGUUCUGAAACAAAAAAAAGCGGUGGAAAAUAACCGUAAAUCAGGCAGUUCACGAGAAGAAGUGCCAUUUGAAGAAGAGUUAAGAGAAAUUAGUCAAGCUGAUGAUAGCAUCGAGCCAGAAGUACUUCGAAGUGCAAAGUCUGUGAAAUACCCAAAAAGGCCUCUACUCACAAUCAUCUCAGACAAGGACUCAAAUAUUAUUAACGUCGAUGAAAAUGCCAAAGAUUCUUCUCCAAAAAGAAAGCAUAAAUUGAGCAAUGAAGAAAGAAAAUUAGAAUUAUUUAAAGAAAAGGAGGAGGCAAAGGAAAGGAGACACCAAGAGAAACUACAACUUUUGAGGGAAUUGUUCAGCAAGAAAGAAAGCGAUUAGCAUAUAGAAUAACAUUUAAAAGUUAAAGGCUUCUGUGGUUUUCUUAUUUACUUUUUCAGGUUUCCAGGUCAUCAUCGUGCAUAGAGCUUAAUCGUCGACAUUUCGCAAACUCUCUGAUAAUAGUAUAACAAAAACUAUAUAGUUUUUCAGUAUUAGAGAGCCAAUCCUGAUAAAGCAAACAAUGCGCAAUGUUUGCA